CAUUUUGGAAGUUCAAGUCAAAGUUUCGAACUUCCUCUUUCGCCCUGAACAUGUAUUCUCAUCAAAAUUAGUUGCCAGGAACGUGGAUAGCAAGUGGUUUCGAGGUAAAACAAAUCUUCGAAAUAUGAUCAACUUUACCCGAAUUGACAGUUGUUUCUCUCUUAUGGAAUUUUGAGAGCCGAUGAUGCAAGUUCAAAGACAGCAGUUCACUGGGAUAACCUCCUAAAUGACGAGUCGACGGAAAAUAGCAGAUACCAGUUUACACAGGAUACAUCAACGUUACGAGGACACAUCAUUGGUGAUAUUCAGACAACAAGAGAGAGAUAAACACAAAGAUUUGUCACCAAGGUCCCCUCUAGCUUAUGGUACUGGAUGUGACACGCUCAAGGCAUACAGUAAUUUUGGCAACGACACUAUCCUUGUAAAGACUGAUGAGAAUGACCAUAUAAGGCGAGAUGACAAUCACCAAGCCGUAGAGUCUGCUAUAUGUUCGGUAUCCUGACAAUUACCAAGCGUUGAACCUGCCUCUGUAUCCUCGCAAGUUCAACAAGACACUUUAGCGAUCCAUGAAGACACAAUAAAGAUUCAUAAAGACACCUUAGCAACUAAAGACACAGCAAAGUCGCCAAAUAGUGUAAAACGUAAAGACACUCCUGAUUCCCAAAAAGUAAUUCCUUCUACAGAUGAAGACCUUUUAGAGACAGAGAGAGUGAUUGCUGAGACUCAACGUGAAAUUGAAGAGCUUAUUCGCAGAGCCAAAAGAGAUAUUAACAUAACACAUAGAGAGAAGAAAGAUCUCAUUUUAAGAUCUCACAGGGACAGUUUUGGAAGUAACCGUGAUAGUAUCGGAAGUGGAAGAGAUAGUAUUGGAAGUGGACGUUGUAGUAUUGGAAGUAAUCGAGAUAAUACUAGAGCUAGAAGUAACAGCAAUCCUUUAUUAAAGAAACAUGAUAGCAAACCAGAAGUGAGUCGAGGAGGGAGCAGCCUAAUCAAUAAAAACAUAAGUAAAACAACAAAUGUUGAAAGUAAAACUAUAAACACUGAUAGCGUUGCAAAUAAUGUUGCAGUUAGAACUAUUAAUGCUAGUGAUAUCAGAUUCAGUACUCCAGAGGAUAUAAGUAUUGUAAGGGACGAUAAAAACAAAGAUCAGUCAAAAUUGAAAGAUAUUAAAGUGAAGCAAAGAGAUGACACUCUAGCUGAUGAUCAAUGCAGUAGAAAAAAUAACUUGGAUCUUUUGAACUCAAGUGAAAGAGGCACUGCGCAUAAAAGGUUGUGUGAGGAAGAAGAUAUUUCUACUCCAGUGGAUGAGUUGUCCGUUUUAUCAAAACACAUUAAUCGGAUUAUUAGUAGCAGCGAAGUUCCUGCUAAAGAGGCAUCAGAAUCUCAAAAUAGUGACAUCCUGAAACAUCACGAAAUUCAUAAUUUUACAAGUACCCCUACAUCAACAUCUAGAGACAUCUAUUGGUCACCCAGUAUAAACACUCAAAGAGAAACUAUAACAAGGAUUAAUCGUCCAAAGAGAAUAAACUCAGAUUUAACGCAACCUGUUUCUUCAGGGGAAUUCUCGUUUGAUACACCAAAAAGACCCUCCAGUCUAAGGUCCUUUGCAGGGGACUCAAUUACAUCUGACUUCACUGGUUCAGUGAUUUCCGAGGCUGAUUUGUUUGAAAAUUCAAAGCUUGUGAGGAGGACCUCAGCAACAUCUCUGUUGAGAGAAACUUCUAUAUAAAUAACAUUUAUUAGAUAUUAAAAUGGAGGGAAUGGAACUCCAUCCAAUUCUCGAGAAAACGACAAGCCCAAACACAGGUUUAUGGUAUGUUCUCUCUGCACUGGGUAACUGCCCAAGUAUGAGAGUAGGACUCUCUGCCUCAUUCAUAGAGGGCACUGAUGAUCAUCCAGGGAAAAUCUACAUUGUUGGUGGGGCAAAUCCUAGUGGCCCCUUUAACGAAACUUAUGUCUUGGAUUUUGAUACUUUUUCCUGGGAUAUGUUAGAAGCUGAAGGUUUCAAAGCAAGAUAUGAGCAUUCUGCAUGGACUCCAACGUUUAACCAAAAUGCAAUUUAUGUAUUUGGUGGAGCACAUCAAACAGGAAAUUUAAAUGACAUUCAAGUUUUGGAUACGUUGAGUUCAAAAUGGCUGACAGAGACUUGCUCAGGAUCGCCACCUGGUGGUAGAACUCUUAAAACCACAGCAUGUGUCGGAGACAAGUUUAUUGUAUAUAGCGGUGGACAGAGUGCUGCAGACCCAGUUACAGAUCGGCAAGUACAUAUUUACGACUCAUCAAAGUCGCAAUGGACUACGCCAUCUGUAAAAGGUGACCCUCCAAAACCACGUCAUGGUCAUGUCAUGGUUGCCAUUGGUAACAGGGUAUAUAUCCAUGGAGGGAUGUCUGGGCAGAGCUUUUAUAAUGAUCUCCAUGUAUUUGAUUUGGAUAAAAAUGCUUGGCUGAGUAUUAAGCAGAAAAAAACAGCGCCAUCUAUGCGAGCUGCUCACGGAGGUGUCGGGGUCGACACACAUAUGUACAUAUUUGGUGGCAUGAAUAAAGACGGGGCAUUGGAUGAUAUGCAUAUGCUAGAUACAAAAUCAUUCCAGUGGACAUCUAUAGAACUACAGGGGCCUCCACCUGCUUGUAGACUUGACUUUGGCAUGUGUAAGAUGUCACUCAAGGUUCCCAUAGCAACCAGCAGAAGUAAUGGAGAUUCAGCGACUGCUCAGAAUCAGGCAGAUGGUGUGUUAACGUCUCAAUUUGAGGAUCUCCAUGUUUCUAACUCUGGGGAUCAAGAAACUAUCAGUGAUGAAACAACAGAACAGGCCACUAGCUCUGCCACAGAUGGAGCCACUGCAGCAGCUGCCGUGGAAACCAGAGAUUUUAUAUUUAUAAUUGGUGGAAUGGACACAGAGGGAAAUAUAUUUGAUGAUUGUUUAGUAUAUAUGAUACCAAAAUGAUUGACUGAAUAUUGGAGAAAGAAUUUUGUGAAAUGCUUCAAUCCAGUAAGAGUGUCAGCUACCAGGACUGUCGGAUUUGCCAGAGGGCCUUUUUUAAGUUACUUGCUCUGAGAGAUGAUACAUAGUCAAUGAUAGUAGAGAGGCGUGAAUACUGACUACCAUAAUGACAUUUGUGGCAGAAUUGUUCAGAAAAUAUUAAUGUUCACAUUUUGUACAAUUAAAAGCAUGAAAAUGAAGUUUGAGUAGAGUAUGUAGUAUUACACUGAUUUAUGAUAUUGAAGCCACGGCCACUGGACUGCGAUGAUAAGUCCAGAUAUUGUACAUGUUAAGAUAGUGUCCAUUCUGUGACAAAUAGAUACAGUAAAACUUGAGUUAGUGAACACAUCUGUCUAGUGAACACCUAACAACAGUGAACGUUUUUUUCGGCAAAACUUUUUUCUCCCAUUGACUCCCAUGUUAAAGCACAAUCCUAUUGUGAACACCUACCUACUGUGGACAUUGAACACUAAAUCUUGGCAAAAUCAAUUGAAUUAUCCUGUCUCUAGUGAAAAUUGAAUCUGAUACGUAAGAUUUCUCAUGGAUUUUCUGCAACUGCCUUAUUAUAGUUAAGCAGUUUAUGUUUAUAUUACCUGCCAAAAAAUAAUCAAAAGUCAAUUAGAGAUGUUGAUCUCAUCUUCUGUUGAAACAGGUGUGACU